ACAGCUCCGUAAAUACUUCAACAUGAAUCCGGAGCCCCUCUCCCCACCCUUACUGUCGCAUCCCUCUUCCCCUCGCACCCAUCCUGCUGUUGGUGUAGACUCCAUGCACUUGGGCAACUCACUCACAGACAGACACACCGCCGCUGGGAUCACAAUUCGAGUGCUCUGUGUUUGCACAACUCUUUUGUCCCGAAGGCGACUUGCACAUCCUACAUCACAGUGUUAUUUAUCCACCAGCUCCAUUUUGUCAGGAAUCAGAUUGUGAACAUGGAGGUGUGGAGCCGAAAGCCACAGAAGUUUUUCUUUUCUGUUCUAUGCAUCGUGCUACUGAAAGCUGCGUUAGUCCAGGCCGACUACAGCCCUAAUUUUGAGUGUCCUCUGACCCUGACCACCAAAUACUCGCAGAGGACAAAGGUACCCGACGACCGUUUGUUGUUGUCCUCGCGGACCAACUUCACCUUCGGUGUCAAAACCUGCAGCAACAUCAAGAUAAUCCUCGGUGUGAACGACGAGAAUGAGUUCUGGAUAACAUUGGACUCUUCUGGAUACCUUUCACUUCAAGACGGUGAUGACUGUAGUGAUUUAAUUGAUUCUUUCUUGGAUGAGGCCUGUAAUGAGUCGCGGUAUUUCUCUAUCAGCUGGGACACGAAUUUACAAGUGAGGGAUCCUUCCAGUAAUGGAACAGUGUACUUGAACAACCCCUUACCUCCGCCAGUGACCAUAGACUACGUGUUCCUCAUUAGCUGGGAUAGCGAAAAGAACAAAACAGAGUGGAUCAUUGAUGCUGACUGCAGCAUUGGAGCUGAAGCGCCAUCCACUGUUACCCGAGGUCACCUGGCAGGUGCUGUAAUCGCAGCAUUGAUUGCUGGGAUUCUUCUGGGAGGUGCUGGAGUUUACUUUGGACCAGACCUUUGGGAACUCAGCAAGGAGAGACUCCCUGCUCUAUGGAGGCGCAAAGCAAACACCACAGACGAAGCAGAACUUUCCGAAGUCUUGGACGGGAAGCGGGCGCCGACCCCUGAAAAGUCCAACACCAAAGACGACGAAAACCCAGAAGAAAAAGGUUACAUCUCCAUGGGUGUCGCCAAACGCAGGGCUCCUUCCAACGCCUACACGCCAUGCACCGUCGCCACGGCAACGCCGCCCUCCAGGCCCACCACUCAGCGCCAGGGCGUCAGCAGGACCGAGGGCGCCAGGCCCACCGAGAGGGCCAAGUCGACGUCUGACGUCAAGCGCGCGGCUGUGAGUCAGCCUAAGACCAAGCAGUCGACCAAAGCUUCUGCCAAGCCCUCAAAGACUGUGGCUAAAGUUCACAAGGAGGAGGAGGAGCCAGGCGAGAUUUAUGCAAAUGAAGAUGCGCCAGUCUACGAGGGUAUGAAGCGCGACUUGCCCAUCUAUGAAAACCGCAACACUGGAAUGUACGAAAGUCUCAAUGUAGGGAAGUAAAUUUUCAGAUAUCUGAGAAUGAAGGGUGAAUAAAAAAAUAAUAAUAAUAAACCGGACAACAAGAUGUCCUUUUUUUUUUAAAUGGACCGCCGAGCUUUGACAGGAGCAGCUCAGCAGUUCAUGGGAAGACAGUCUGUGGACAGAUGGCAGCAUUUGUCUCCUGCGUUCUCAGACCAUGUGCCUGUCACAGAUUUACAGAGCACGGAAGACAGAAAGAGAGAGAGAAAGAGAGUUGAGCAGCAGAUGCAUGUUAAUGAUGGGGGUUGUCGGAGGGUGUCGCGGUUUCAAAGAUUUUGAUUUUUGCAAAAUACGAUUGGCAGUAUGGUUAGUUGUUGUCAAGGCGACAAAUCACAAAAGCUAGAUAUAUGUGAUAUUUGUUCUCCAUUCGCGUGAUUUUAAAGGCACACCCAAAAUUAUUUAAUUGUAUUCCGUUUGUCCAUCGCAAGCCUUCAAAGACAGUUAUACUUUAACCUAUAUUGUGGACACUGCAUCAUGAAAAGUGAAGCUGAUGGUCUUGCAAGACCUACUCAUGGCAGCAGUCGUCACUGACGUCAAUGAUUCAAUUUCUAUCAUUUCAAUUGUGCUUUUUCCCAAAAGUAAUUAAAAGUACACACGACAUUUUAUGAAAAAAAUAAUAACCUCUUUUUGAUUUGUCGGCAACACCAAGUUUUAUUUUCUAUUCGGCAAAAGUUCUGGACACUUGUAAUCGUAUUACCUUCCUCGCCUCAUCUUUAUAAUUGAGUUCUGUCGAGACUGGGUUUCUCUUCACUGAGUAGUAGAUUAUAUAACACAAGGUGAGAAACAUUAAACGUGUUGAUUGUAAAGGUUGGAACAGUUAUUUUGGUGCGAAAAUUCACACCUUUUCCUGUUCAGAUUUCUGAUAGAUAUUUUUAUUGUUAAUAUUACUUCAAUUCUCUUCAUGUUUUCUUCGAAUGUCUAUAAAUGUAUUUGGACAACAACCAGCUUUCAUUUAUCUACCUGUGUAGGAAGACCUUUUUUGUAGCAGGUCUUAACACCUGUAUGUUGUUGUUAAAUGUCCAUGAAUGCUUGUGGCUAAACUAACAACAUUUUAAAAAACCAAAUUAAUUCUUUCUUGUAAUCGUUUGCAAGAGACUUUUUUCUUGCGGAAAUCGAAGUUCUUUUGUUAAUAAGAUUUUUUUUAGUGGCAGAAGAGGAGAGAAAAUAAGUGAACAUUUUUUUUUUUAAUCCUGCGGACAAAGAGGUGAAAGAUGAAGAAUCACGAAUGUAUAAAUCCACUGUGGCUAAGUAGGGAAGAGAAGGAGGGGAAGAAAAUGUGUUUACACAAACACACACUCUCUCUAUCAGAACCAAUUAUCAAGUCUUGCAGGAUCAGAUAUCGAUAUAUCGAUCUAUAACAAUCCAGCAAGUGUUAUUGAAGUAAACAAUGUUGCAAUAACAAACAAACAAAGGCUUUAUUUAACAAAGCGAUCCCUAAUUGUUCCAAGUGGUGUGAUUAUUGUGAACAACUACGCAGGUGCUAAGGGGAGGGGUCAUGUUCACCUCCAUCCUCAGCCCCACUUCCCGGGGAGGAAUAAUUACCAAGUAACAUCUUGUCAUCGGAAAUGUUGCAGACUUUUUCUCCCUCCUUUCUCCCUUCUGUCUUUUUAAUCGUCACAACUGCUACUCAACUUUAAGGAAAAUCGGAAAGUUUCAACUUUUAUGUUUUUUUUUUUAUUUUACAAAAUUGUCUUUUCGUUUUUCUUGUUGACUUUUUAUUUUUUUCAGUGUGAACAUUUCUUUACCGCCAUUAAUCUUCGACAUCGUCUCGGAUUUUUCUUACAUUGUAAAAUCACAUUUUGCGCCUAAAAACAAACCUUUAUACGUGUCGAUGGUUGCGAGUUUUUCUUGUUUAACUUUCCAAUCUCUGGCAAUCAGCUGACAGCUGCGGAAACCGAUACUUUCUCCUCCCCACCUUCCUCCCCUCCCUACUUCGCGAUGCUCCAGCGCUGUGUGAGCCUGGAUGUUAAUUGAAUCACUUCCGGUUUUUACGCCUACUCUACAUCAGUCUGCAGAAAGUCGGCAUUAAUUCACAGAUGUAUUUUGUGUUUUUGUUUGGGGAUGGGGAGAUGGGUAGGUUGUUAUUGCCAUCUGUAACAAGGCAAAAACAAUCGUCAGCGUGGGUAGAUGACUGACUCUGUUUUUCCGAAUGAGUCGGCUUUCAAGACGAAGAAGACUGUUUGGAACGGAAAUUUUUAGUCCGUAUCUUAGCAUAUGAGAUGUUUUCAGAAUUGUAACCUCUCUUCUUCUCAAAUUUCUUCUGAUUUACAGCAAACUUUAACGGUGAGAUUUUAAAAAUAGACUUCAUGCUGUGAUGUCACUACUUGAAUUAUUAUCAUGUGAGGUAAGGAAACAAUAUGCCGGAUGUCUCAGCUGAUUCUAAAACAGAUGUUUAUUUUGGUGAAGUUUAUUUUUAAAUAGACAAAUUUGCUAACAAUUAACUGCUUCGGUAUCACCUAAAGAAGCUGAUGCUAUAUCCUGUGUCUCACUUGGUUCUAAAAGAGGAGUUAAUUUUUAAUUCCGGAUAUGAAAUAUAAAUUUAGAACAGAUGAAAAAGCAGAAGCAGAUGUUUUUAUUUUCUUGCCACUUGUCAUCCAUUUCUUUCCUGUUGUUACACGAUCUAUACAGGCAAAGCACGGUUCGCAUCCAACCACGUUUUGUAAUGUUCCAAAAAAAGAAGCACGCCAUUUACCUGAUGGUAUUCCACACCACAUUAAUCUACCUAAAAAAUUAUAUAUUUUUUAACACUCACUUUGCUCUGUUUCAAACACAGACCUAGUUGAUCUCAAGCUUACUUUCUUUCUUUCAUGCAUGCUUUUUUUCUUUUGUUAUGAGAGUAUCUGAUCCAAUCGUGAUUUUUCAAGUUUUUAAAAAAAAUGAUUUAUUUUAUCGAAAUUUUCAAGCUUUAAAGCCAAAACUAGGUUUCGAUGAGUUUCAAGGAGGCUCAUCUGACCAAGCAUUCUUGUCGUUUUUGUCCGUUUUACCCCACAUCUGGCUUCCGCCUGUCAAAUUACGCUGCAAAUAAGCAGUCUCGUGUUGAUUGGCUGGAAGGAUCACCUGACCCUGCUGACAUGCGCACUCUGCGAUCCCUCGGUGCUUCCUGUAUUUUUUGUGUUUAACUUGCGCUCCUGUCACAGCAUUUCUUUACGAUUGAGCUUUUCCGUUCGUGAGCUGUGACAAAAGUAUAAUUUCUAACCACAAGAAAACAUUUGGUUGAGGUGGGACCGCCAUACUUGUAACGAUUCCAUUUCACUCAAAAAAAACCUGAUGGUUUACCUGUUAGGUUUACUAUGUUGUGCGAUAUUUUGUGAUGUGGAAAUGAGUAGAGGGGUACACACUCCACCAGUUCUGGGUGUGGUUGCCGGGUGUCAUUAAACCCUACUUUUGUAAGUUCUUGCGAGUACCGACACUGUACUCCGCCUUUGUAUUGUGUAAUAUUUUUUUUACAAUAACCAGCAAUUGUAAGUUUUGUAUUGUACUAAUGGUGUCACUUCAACCUUGUUCAACAAGAUUUGCCUUGAAUAUAACAGUUUCAUACUGCAGCAGCCUCUACAGAAGUUGGUUGGUUUAUUUAGUAGGAAAGUGCUUCAACCUUGAGACGAUUUCGCACUACGAGAGGAAAGGAAAGGGGAGGAAGAAACCGGAGUGCCGGAAGAAAACCCCCGACACCCAGUCCUACAAACAGAUAUUACAAAGUGUUUUCGGGACGAGAUCUGAACCCAGAGCCUCUCUACUGAAGUUGUAUACGAAGCUGUGUGCGAUUGAUUUGUUAAAAACUAAUCAACUAUUUCAGUUGGAUAGAAGAAUUGAGAAUCUAACAUGUUCAACUGACGGAAAUGUCUUUUUGGGAUGUAGUGAUGUUUGUUUAGUUGUCGAAAACAAGAUUCAGUCAAUGCAUGUUUUUUUGCCAAAUAUAAUCUGAUAAAAAUUGAUUCAUUAUUUUCCUGACUGUUCAUACUACUGUUCGGUUGCAGGGCAAGAAUAAUUUUUUUUCAAAAUAGCUAAAGUGAUGUUUGGAAAGUUUCAUUGUUUUAAAAGUCUACUAAAACUCACAAUGAACAUGCAGAGUUUAUUAUCUAUCAAAUACAUUAACCAACUAAAUUGAGAUAUGUAUAAUUUAUUCACUUUCGUUGGAAUUUGUCAAUAACCUGGUUGGUCGUUUUUAGCAUUUUUGAUAAAUUUGUUUAAUGUCAAUGAUCUGAAGGAACGUUGGCAAUGUUAAUUUUCUUUGAAAUAUAUAUUUGUGAUUGAAUGAAA